UUAUGAAUUAUUGAGUCUACUUACUUUGUUGUUCUUUGAGAGUUAAUCAGCUUUGUUUUAGUAAGAAAAACGCAGCGGUUACACUAAGCUAGCAGGUAUGGGGAGGCCGAAGGAAGAACGUUGCUGGAAUCAAGUUACAAAAGAGGCAGACGGAACGUGGAAGUGCAACCGUUGUGGACGUCAGUUUAGUGGUGGUGUUUCUCGAAUUAAAGCUCAUGUCGAUCGGAUCCCGGGGAAAGGUAUCUCUAUAUGCUCUGCUUCACCGGAUGAUAAUCAUUUACAACCGCAAUCACAAGAAAUUGCAAAUCGCAUGAAUCCAGGGGAAGUGGCUGCUGAAGAUGAUGAUCAUGAAAUGGUUGAUGCCUUCUUUGGAGGUUUAAUGCAGCAUUCAAUUAAUAUUAUUAGUCAACCCAUCAAUUUGCCUAGAGGGUCGGCAGCAGUGGCCCAAAGCAACAAUUGUGGUUUUGUAAAUGAUGAGAUUAAAAAGUUAAAUGAAUUGCUGCAUGAUUUAACUCUUGAAGAAGACGACAUUAAGGGAGAGUUAGAGUGGCUCAAGUCUGAGGGCAAGCAGAGCAAGACACAAGUUGAUGAUUGGUUGAAUGAACUACAAGAAUUGAGAAACGAAGUUGGUGAUUGCUUGAAUCUUGCUAUGGGAGCUGUUCAUUAUUUCAAUGAAAACUAUCCACACUAUCUUGGGCAAAUGCAGCAAUUAACUGCACAAGUGAGCGAGCUUAAGAAGAAAAAGCCUGUGGUGUUGUCAAAUGAAUUUGUUGGUAAAGAUUUUGAGAGAAAUGUUAAGAAGAUGUGGGAGCUUGUUGGUGACGAGAAAGUAUUGAUAAUUGGGAUACAUGGAAUGGGAGGGGUGGGUAAAACAUGUCUUGCAACUUAUAUGGAAACUCAAAUCAUAAGGGAAGGAACGUUCAACCACGUCAUUUGGGUCACUGUGUCUCGUGAUUAUACCAUUUCGAAGCUUCAAGAAGACAUUGGCAGAAGAAUUGGUGCAAAGCUUAAUAGAGAUGAUGAUGAGAGAACAAGAGCAGCACAUUUGUCAUCCGCAUUAUCAGAGAAAGGAAAAUGGGUGCUUAUUUUGGAUGACGUUUGGAAAUUUAUUGACCUGAAAAAGGUGGGAAUCCCUCGUUGUAGAAUCAAUGGCUCUAAAUUGAUUAUAACAAGUAGGUUGAAACAUGUGCUUCGACAAAUGGAUUGCCCCACAAGUAAUAUAAUAACAAUGUAUCCUCUCUCUCACGGGGAAUGUUUGGAGUUAUUUCUUUUAAGACUUGGUGAAUAUCACAAAACACACUUACCUCCUAAUGCAUGGAAUAUUGCAUGGGAAUGCGGUGGUUUACCGCUUGCAAUCAGUGUAAUGGCUAGAACCAUGAAAGGGAUUCAAAGAAUUCAUCAGUGGAGAUAUGCGUUGAAUAGACUUGAGAGAGGGGAGAUGGGGGGUGAGAUGAAAGAAGAGGUAUUUCAAGUAUUAAAAGCGAGCUAUGAUAAUUUAACACAUAAAUCCAUGCAAAAUAGUUUCUUGCAAUGUGCAUUAUACUUUGAAAUCCUCAGCUAUAAUAAAAUGAUAAUGAUGCUGGUUGACAGUGGAGCCAUAAAUGGAAGGAGGAGAUUGAACGACAUUUUUGACGAAGGCGGUACCAUACUGGAUGAACUUGAAGACCAUUCAUUAUUGCCUCCCUUUGGGAAUAUGCAGAAUUCAGUAAGAAAUAUGGCUUGUCAGAUAUUGAAAGAAUCUCAGAGGCUGAUAGUUAGCUGUGGUAAAGAAUUGACAGGAAUAUCUCACCUGCAGGAAUGGACUGCUGAUUUGGACAUAGUUUCUUUGGAUACAAACAGGAUAAAAGAAAUCCCAGCGGGUACAUCACCCAAUUGUUCAAGAUUAUCCACCUUGAUUCUGAGUAAUAAUUGCAUCAGUAGCAUCCCAGAAUGCUUCUUCACACACAUGAAAUCUCUAGCCAUACUUGACCUAUCUUACAAUUGCAGUUUAACCUCUCUGCCGGAUUCCCUGUCGGACUUGACUUGUCUUGUUUCUCUACUGCUUCAUGGAUGUGAUGCUCUGGCAAAGGUGCCUCCAUUGGGAAGGCUUCAGAAAUUGUCAACGUUGAUAAUGUCAGACACUGAAAUUGAGGUAGUUUUAGGCUUGGAAAUGCUGACAAACUUGAGAUGGCUUGAUCUAUCUUUCAAUAAAAAGUUGAGGUUGGAAUCAGGGAGGGUGCUGCGUGGUCUGACCAAUUUGCAAUAUCUGAAUCUCUUCGUCGCUACUCUGUCAAAUGUGGAAAUAGAGGAUGUACAAGGGCUGACCACACUUGAAUAUUUUCUGGGCGGCUUUAAUGACAUCAAAAGCUAUCACAAUUUUGUGGCAGGUAUAUGCAACACAGGUUCUGCACCCAAAUCUUAUCUUCUCUAUUUCGGUCGUAUCGAUAACUCUGAAAGGAUUUUUGAAUCUGAUGCUCGUAUUGGUCCAAGUGGUGACGACCACCAAAUUGUACAUUUAUUAGAUUGCGAAGAAUCCCCUCAUUUGCUGCCAAAAGACCUUACCAAUAUCUCCAUUGGAUGUAAUCCGCGUUGGGAAAGUUUAUGUGAUGCUCUGUCAAAUAUUACUCCUUCUUCUUUGGAAAACAUUGAAAUUGAGAGAUGCACACAAAUGAAGAGCGUGCUUUGUUCAUUUGGUAAAUGUUCCUUUUGCAGUAAUCUCAACAACCUUGAAUCCUUGCAGCUUUACGGUUUGGAGAGCUUAAUAGUCAUUUGUAAAGAAGAUGUUACUGCUACUGAUACAACAACACAAUCUCUCAAACCAAAUGCCGUCUUCUCUCAACUCAGGCACUUGGAGAUCUGGAAUUGCGAUGAGAUAGAAACGUUGGUAACAGCAGGGUUAUUGCCCCAACUUCAAAACCUGCAGACAUUAAUUGUAGACAGUUGUGAAUCUUUGAGAGAAAUAUUUGCAGCGAGUAGCAGUGGUGCUGAUAGUGAUGAUGCUGCUUCCACCAUCAUUACACUCCCCAACUUAACCUCACUCUAUUUGUGGGACUUGCCAAUGUUAGAGACUGUGUGCAAAGGAAUUAUAAUCUCCGAAUCAUUGCCGAAAUUUGUGAUCCGUGGGUGUCCCAAGUUAGAAAGUCGGUCUCCAUUUGAAGUCUCAUCAUCAUCAUUUACUUCUUACACAUAACUUCUACAGGGCUCAGUCACUGCAAGUGGGCCGAGCGACAUUUUGGGUUUGGCUUAUUUUCAUUUGGGCUUGCCCAUGUGUUGGAUUGACGUGUGUGAAAUUCGUGUUCACUACUUUAGGUACUGGAGUUGCCUAGGAUCAGUUGAUAGUUUGUGAACAUUUUUAAUUUAGUCGUUUCCAAUAAUGGGCGCAUCUAUAAUGUUCGAAUCGUGAUUUUGGGUAUUUGAUGUUCUAAUAAAUC